AUGAAGUCCUGGUUUCUCGCCCCCGACUUCACCUUCACUCCUGACGGACCCCUCCGGCUUGGCGCUGUCAUCCCUCAUCCCAGUCGUCCGACACAGACCCUUGCAUCACCCCGCACCGACGCAAUCACGCUUCCCGAAGUGCAGACUCUGGUCGAGACGAACCACUCUCACUCGAAUGAUGUCACACGAACAGCUGGUGUCAAUCUCUUUGCCAAAUUUGUAGAGCUUGCUUCUGCUUCUAUUGGCUAUGAGACCAGCCGUCGCAAUGCGCUGGCGUAUGGAACCGUAGACCAUGAGAUCCGGUCUUUGGCGGCGCCUUUUACGAGGGAGUUUCUGCAGAGUAUUAUCAGCACGGAGGCUGUUCAGGAGCAUAUCCACUCUGCCGUGUUUGGAAAGCGGACGGUUUACUUCGUAUCUGGACUUAGAGUUGCCACUUCGUCAUUUACGGUGACGAAGGAGAAGGGCAUUGGACAUAAUACCUCACUGUCGGGUUCGGGCCCAGCAGGUCCCGUGCCUAUUGAAGUCGGUGCCGGUAUUUCAAGUGGAAAAGAGAGUUCCAAGACCGACUCCUACGAAACUGCCCCUGGUAUUAUUUUCGCUUACCGUCUUCAUGCCAUCCGAGUUCGUGGCAGCGGCACUGUCGACUCCGAAAUGUUCGUGAACAAAAAGGCCUUCAUGCAUGGCAGACCCGUCCCUGAUCCUGAGCCUUUUGAGGUUACUGACGUUGAUGCUGAAGUCUUGAAGGCCGAUAGGAAGGAGGAGGAGGAUCUGCCGAAGUAUGAGAUGGAAGAUCUUGGAGAUGAGGAGUACUGUUUCUUGGCGGAGGCAUAG